AUGCCCACAAGGUUGGGCCCAUUUUUGCUGCUUUUCAUUGGAGUGAUACAAGUUGAGGCUGAGUACUGUAGCCUGUACACGGAAUGUGUGGCGGUGGCGCGGUUGGAGGAACGACUCUGUUUAGGGAACUCACGGAAGAGACCCUUUUGGUUACCCCAACUAAAUGAUCCGCACGAGUGCCACGAGAAGCUGAAAGCCGACUAUAAACGGCUGGAGUUACUGGAGGUGGAACUCGACUCAGCGUUUACUUCGUGUACGCUUGAAAAGAACGGCACACAAAAUGAGAAUGCUUCUUGUUCACGAAUCGCCGAGAAUACACCAAAAUUCGUUCGUGGACGCACGAUCGACUAUGUACCGACGCAUUGUUUUUCGGGAAUCGAUGCAAGAACGACAAGACAAUGUGGACCAUUGAAACGAUGUUGCUCGAGUGUUAUUGGAUGUGAAUCGAUCUUGUCGAGUUCUCCCGAAUACGAUCGAAUUAAAGCGGCCGCGUUUGAGAUGCGGAAAAGAGCGAAUGAUUGUGAGCGUGGUCUCGAGAUUCCCCCAUUGGCUGAAUAUCGCUCAACGGUGAAAAAACCGAAUGGUGGGAUGGAGGAUGAAAAGAAAGAGAAAUCCAUUCUCACACCAUCUGGGACAAUCACUAUCACAGUGACUGAUAUCAGCACAACACCUGCAUCAACAGCCACAGCAACCACUGAAAAAUCUGAAUCAAAUCCAGAAGAACACGAAGCCACCACAGUCACCACAUCUCCAAUCCGAGUCGAUGCAGAGGAAUCGGCGAAUCGAACCAGUUAUAAUGAUUUAAAUACGGCAAUCUUCGAUCAUUUGGAUAAACACGAGAAACAAGUGAAAGAGAUGUUGGAAAAAGAGGGGCAACCCGUUCAUCCCUCCACUACACCCGAACCCGAAUUUCUCGAUCAGCCACAUCUCUCAUUUCCGACAGGAACAACAGGAAAGGGCUCUGCUUCAAGUGAGGUACAAGUGCCAGCAAGUGGCGACAAAGUUGAAGAAGCUGAAGCCGAUUUUGGACUGUCUAUUGGACGAGGACAAUCGUCCGAUGAUACGUUGAUCGAUCAAACACUUUCUUCGCUUUUCAAGGCGGCUGAAGUGCCAUCUGAUGAAUCAAGACUAGCUGGAGACACGGUUCGGUCAGAAGCUCGUUUCACUGAAGGAGAGAAUGGACAAGCAGAGAGUCCGCUUCGUGGUGUUGUGACUUCAGCUCCGAUGAUCCUCAUUCCCGACAACAGCGAUGGACCGAGAAGAGCGCCGAUUCCGAGCACGAAUUGCGGGCUGAAACGGCUACGAGCCACUAAAUCUUUCAAAAUGGAGAAGAUCUUAAAUCUGUUGGGCGAGAAUCAAAACAGCGACGAUAUGCAAGAGAUUCGAGGACUUUUGGACAAUUGGCAAAACGAGGUGCGGGCGACACUUUUGGAUGCGAAACGGCGGAACAAAAAUCGAGCGAUCGAUCAAGCACUCGACAAAUUGAUCGACCAUUUUGACACCGUCAAUAUUGGAUUGCUGAAGGAGAGCGCGAAUGCUAAUUUCGAAGAAUCCGAAUAUCCGGAUGAAGAUGCGCAGAUUGCGGCAAUGGAAUGCGAACCGAUUGGAGAUGAAGAGGGAAGUGGAGGUGAUCGAAUCGACGGCUCUGGCAGUACCGAGACUCCGGUCGAAGGCUCCGGCGCUAUCGAGGGAUCAGGAACUGAGCAACCAACAACCGGAGAGCCCACUCAGUGGACGGAAAUCCGAAGAACGGAAAAUGGAGACAAAAUUGUUGUGGAUGGUGGUGUCGAGAAAAUCGUUUUCGGUGAUGGCAGUCUUCAAAUUGACAACAAAGCGAAUGUCACUGACACCGACGAGGCACCAGUGAACACGGAAUGGAUGCAACGGUAUCGAGCCGAAGUCGAGCGAUUGCAUAAAGAUCGAGAAGAUGAAUUUGGCGGACGAAACGAGUCGUCAUGCGAUUUGUACAUGAGAUGCAGAAAUCAGAUGCAUUUGGCGUUGGAUGGAUGCGCGUGGCGUUUCGCUUCGGUGAAAAUCUUGAUGUCAUUGGCGGAAAGCUCGGAAAGUCUCCUGUAUAGAGGAGACGACCUUUGCGAUCCAUCCGAUCGACCUUUCUAUGAAUCUUUGUACGAGUUGAUGAUCAAAAGAAACGGGAAAAUUCGCGAAUGUCUUGAGGAUAAGAAUAAAAAUAUUUUCGACAAAGCCGUUUGUAUUCCGUAUCCACCCGAGAAAUCGGCUCUUUACGAUGACGCUUUGUUGAGGAUUCUUUCGGUCGAUUAUCCAAAAAGUGCUCAAUGUUUUGGGGAUGCCAACUUGAUCCAAGAGAAAUGCAGUCGUUUGAGAGAAUGUUGUCCACAUUUUGACAGAUGUCGAGAAGAUUCUUUGGACAUCGCUCUCGAGCAAGCGAUUUUGAGCAAAACGGCGCAAGUGAACGAGAGAAAACAGUAUUGUCUCCGCAGCAAGGCUCGGACGAAUUUCAAGCAAACUUUGAGAGAUUUAUUGGGAAAAGGCAGUUGGAAAACGAUUGAAAUGAUCAGAAAUGGCGAGAUUGGGGCAAAAGUUGGCGGAUUUGAUCGACUUCGAUACAGAAAAGUGUACAGAGUC